AUGGACAGGAAACUGAAUCUGAACCGAGCUGAGACGUUCUCCUUCGUCAACCCCUGGAUCAGAUAUUUUCUCUUCUUUUUCAGCUUCUUAUUUUGGGUUUUCUCCUUGUUGAUUGUUGCAAUUGGGGUAUACGCUAAAGUCCAGAAAGCUACAGACACAGUGCGGGACACCUUCCUGAUCGACCCAGCUGUCAUCCUAAUUGUGGUGGGGGUGGUCAUGUUCUUCAUCACUUUCUGUGGCUGCAUUGGAGCCCUCCGAGAGAACAUUCGCCUCCUAAAGACAUUUUCUUUCAGCCUGACACUGGUCUUCCUCACUCAGCUGGCCAUAGCAAUUCUGGGUUUCUUCUACUCUGAUCAGACUCGGGAUGCUUUGGGAAAGUUUGUGAAGAAAGCCAUUGUGCACUAUAGGGAUGAUCUGGAUCUGCAGAACCUGAUGGAUUACAUCCAGAAAGAGUUCAAGUGCUGUGGGUGGAACAACUACACAGACUGGUCUUGGAACCUGUACUUUAAUUGUACACAUAAGAACCCAAGCUCCGAGCGCUGUUCUGUACCUUACUCCUGCUGCACUCCUGUUCCUGGAGAGGCAGUGAUUAACACUAUGUGUGGUUUUGGGGUUCAAACCCAGAACUACCUGGAGGCAAACAAGUCAAUCUACCCAGUAGGUUGUGCGGACAGGGCCGUGCUGUGGAUCGAGUCUCAUCUGUUGCUAGUUGGGGCUCUCACCCUGGGACUAGCCUUGCCUCAGAUUGCAGGGAUCGUGCUGUCCCAGAUCCUGAUCUCUCAGAUCCAAGAUGAGAUUACCUCAGUGUUGUGA